UAGAAACAAAUCCAGAACUUAAAACUCAAUAAAAAUCAGAUGGAAAACGAAAUGGUUCAAGACAAAGUAAUUUUAGCCUAUUCAGGUGGGCUAGAUACUAGCUGCAUCCUAAAAUGGUUCCUUGAGAAAAAUUUUGAAGUCAUAUGUUAUAUGGCUAAUAUUGGACAGGAUGAAGAUUUUGAGGCUGCUAGGCAGAAAGCUCUGAAAAUAGGUGCAUCUAAGGUUGUCAUAGAAGAUGUUAGAGAAGAAUUUGUAAGAGAAUAUGUAUGGACAGCUAUCCAAGCUGGUUUAAUAUAUGAAUCCAGGUAUUUAUUAGGUACUUCUUUAGCAAGACCCUGCAUUUCCGUGGGAUUAAUAAAGUGCGCUAGAGAUAAUCAAGCCAACUAUAUUUCCCAUGGAGCGACAGGAAAAGGAAAUGAUCAAGUCAGAUUUGAAUUAUCCUGUUACUCCCUAAGUCCUGAAGUUAAGAUAAUAGCACCAUGGCGACUAGAAGAAUUUACAACCAGAUUCCAAGGAAGGCAAGAUCUACUGAAAUAUGCAUCUGAAAAUGAUAUUCCUGUGUCCGUUACUCCCAAAGCCCCAUGGAGCAUGGAUGCAAAUUUAAUGCACAUAAGCUAUGAAUCUGGAAUUUUAGAAAAUCCAAGUAAAGAGCCCCCAAAAGAUUUGUAUUUGAUGACCAAAGAUCCUAGAUCUGCACCCAACGAACCAGUUAGAAUUGAAAUACACUUUCAACAUGGGUUGCCUGUUUCAGUAAAAACUGACGGUAGUUCUUUUAAUAAUCCACUGGAUAUUUUCUUGUUCUUGAACAAGAUUGGAGGACAACACGGUGUGGGAAGGAUCGAUAUCGUGGAAAAUCGAUUUCUGGGUCUAAAAUCUCGAGGUGUGUAUGAAACUCCAGCCGGAUUUAUCCUACACACUGCGCAUACUGAUUUGGAAGUGUUCUGCUUAGAUAAAGAGGUUUACAGAGUGAAACAAUCCCUGCGAGACCGUUUGUCUGAUUAUGUUUAUAAUGGUUUCUGGUUUUCUCCCGAAGGGCAAUAUGUUCGGAAAUGCAUGGCGCUGGCAGAAGAACCAGUUACAGGAGUGGUGAAAUUAGAAAUAUAUAAAGGAAAUGUGUUUGUACUAGGAAGAUCAUCAGAAGUUUCUUUAUAUAAUGAGGAUCUAGUUUCAAUGGACAAGCAUUCAGACUUUUCUCCAAACGAUGCUACUGGUUUCAUCAAUAUUCAUGCCAUUCGACUAAAGGAAUAUAAUCGUUACCAAAAGAAAGUUUAAAAUUCAUUGAUUUUUUUCAAAUUUAGUUAUGGUACCUUCACCUGUAAAAUAUAUAAAUAAAGUUGAGUAUAUUGUAUCGCAAAAUUUUAUA